AUGCUGGGUGCAUCUGAAGCCGAGUCGGAUGGUCGUGGGCUGACGAAGAAAGCAAGGCUGGAAUCUUCAGUGGUGAAGAUUGAUGGCCGGAAGCUUCGCGCCGGAACAGUUCCAUGGCGAUGUGGGAUUUCCGAAACUGAUGGAACAGACUGUCUUCAGGUUUUGCUAAUAGAAGGCGUAAACACCCCAGGAAAGUGGACUUUUCCGGCAGGUUCUCUUGAUCCGGGUGAGGAGGUAUCAACUUGUGCUGCCCGCGAGACUCAGGAGGAGUGUGGAGCAAGUGGAAGUUUGGGCUGCUUUUUGGGAACUUUUGACACAGAGAAGAACCGCACGUACAUGUUUUUGAUGCAUGUGCAGCAUAUGGAGGAUGAAAGCAAUGAAGCUUGGCAUGAUCCGCAUUCCGCAUACGAGAGCAGCCUGAGACGUCGCAGGUGGUUCCAUGUAUCGGAAGCGAAGCCGCUGCUGAAGAAAGACGGUCCGCAGAUGCUGGAAGCGUUCCUGUCAGUUCCCAAAGGUAGGCGACAGGAUGCACGCUGCAGAUCACACAGAUCAGUUUGCCAGCCUCCGCGACCACGGCUUCUUGUACUCGGAGGUCCGGGCACACUCCGAGACUACUUGGCCCAGAACGACAUCCUGAAAGCAAGUUUCGAGCUUUCCUCCGAGCUUUCUGCAGGAAGUUUCACAGAUGGACAGCUCUUUGCAGCGGUCGCCGCUUCCCUUUGGGAGGUAGAUGCCGCGGUUUUCUGUGGUGGUACGGAUGCAUUGUACAUGGCUGGGCUUUCAGCCAGGCAGGACUUACCUACACUGGUGAUAAUCACGGGGCAGAAUCGUGCGCCCAGACUGUUCAAUGGAGACUCGAGAAUUACAUCCUUCACUAUGGGAAGUGACAGUGAGGUGAUCUUGACCACCGAAGCAUGCAGGCGUAUCGAUGAUUUCAUGAAGCAGCUCCAUGCAGAUCAGGCGCUGCCUGCCGUCUGA